CGCGAACCGAACCUGGGCCAGCUGGGGGAGCACUAUCACCCCUUCUCCGCAAUUCCCGGGCUGCCGAAACCAGCAACGUAGACCUCACUCCCAUGAAUCACCACUACAGCAGCAUGAUCCUCGCACCGUCUUCUCAGCCUCCAUUCUCCUCCUCACCGUUCCCCCUCGCAGAUGACGAUCCUCUACAGCAACAGCAGCAACAGUUCGAUGGCUCGUACCUCAUCGGGAACCCUGUCCGCAACGAGAUCCUGAGUCUCGUGCACCAGCAACGCUUCUUCACGGGAUGGGGCGACACCCCGCAGUCUUUGUUUCCGGGCUAUGACCCGGGGCUGUGGAGGUCGACCUCCAAAACUCCAACGCUGGGGCUGGUGUGGUCGACGCAAAUCGCAUGUCGGAUCGCCUUGAAGAAGGAGACUCGCGCAUUAGGAGUUUUUGACUUCGAGGGCGCCUACGAUGAUGAGGAGCUGUCUGGUUAUCGGGAUGCCUCGCAGGCAAUCGAAGCCUUUGGUCAGAUUAUUGGACCCAUCAACACCAAGAGUGAGCACGAAGGAGCAUUGUUGGAUACCACCACCACCACCACCACAGCAACAACAACAACAACAACAACAGGCACAAGCCAGGAUGAAGAACAUGAGGCGGAAAUCGCCAAUUCCGACUCCGACACCAAAGCUCUCGAGCCAUCAGACGAUGCAGCAUUGAAGGAUGAGCAACCAGCAACCGCAGUCCCCAAUCCAGCUCCAUCCUCCGCUUCCCACCAACCGAACACCCCACCAGACACACAACCACCGAAAUCUCCAUCAACCGCCCCAAACCCUCAAGCCCCAGCUACACCAUCUCCAGCCGACCUGAAUCCUCCAACAAUCUACCACCACCUCCCCUCAACGCAACGCAAAAACCCGCAAACCGUCCGUCGAACCUUCAAGGUAGUCUUCGCCCCUUGGACCGGCGGAGGAGGGCGAGGAGACAUCCACAACCCGAGAGACGACCAAGAACCCCAGCCUCAACAACCAUCCACCCAAGAAGAAGUCGAAUUCGAGAUCUGGAAAGGGGGUAUCCGAGGCUGGUCUCCAUCUUCAUGAGCCCAACAUCGGACCGAACCGGCAGCAUCACACCUGUAUAUAGGCCCCUCCUGUUCUGAAGAAUAACCUCACAUAUACCAACUGUUUAUAUC